AUGUCUCAGUACGACCCCAGCUCGGACUUCAAGAGGGCUUUGGACAGCGGUGCCGAGGCCAACACCGAGGAUGACAAGACCGAGGAGGACGUGCCCAUGCCCAAGAACUACCUGUGGCUCGCCAUCGUCUCGUGUUUUUGCCCCGCGUACCCCAUCAACAUCGUGGCUUUCGUCUUCUCCAUCAUGUCUCUGAAUAGCUACAACGAUGGAGACAUUGAAGGAUCCAAGCGUCUCGGGAGGAAUGCCAAGUGGGUGGCCGUCGCCUCCAUCAUCAUUGGUCUUCUGAUCAUCGGUAUUUCUUGUGCAGUUCACUUCACAAGGAAGUAAGUAGGCUUUUUGAAUCUUUCCAGAUGUGAAAUGC